CCCCCCCCCUCCCCUCCCCCUUGCGCACCACCAUCACCACCAUGAGCCGCCUACUGAAGUCGUGCUCGGGUCUGGUCCUGCUGGCGCUGGCGGUCCUUGGUCUGCUGGCAGCCCCUCGGCCGACCCCCGCCCUCACCGUCGAGCUGGAGCAGCAUGACACCGUCUGCUUCUACCAGGAUGCCGUGGCUAACGACCGUCUGCUGUUCACCUUCUCCGUCCUCUCCGGCGGUGACAUGGACAUCGACUAUGAGAUCCGCGACCCGGUCGGGGGAGUCCUGCACUCGGGCAAGAAGGAGUCCGAUGGCGAGGCCCUCUUCAUUGCCGACGACCCGGGCGAGUAUGCCCUCUGCUUUUCCAACGAGAUGUCCACCUUCUCGCACAAGGUCAUCAAGUUUGACGUCCGCAUCAACGGCGAGGAGGCCAUGCGCCCGGCCCCGGUCAUUCCCAAGCCGCGUGCCACGCCGCCCAGCAACCCCAACGCCUCGAACCAGGUUGUCCACAAUACCCUGAACACCAUUGACGAGCUCUUCCAGGAGGCCUACGCCGCGUACGAUCGAAUCGCCUCGAACCAGGGCUACUAUCACACGCGUGAGAAGCGCAACAUGUUCACCGUCGUGCAAACCGAGCGCCGCGUCUUCUGGACCACGGUCAUCGAAUGCCUUUUCAUCAUCGGCCUGGCCCUGCUGCAAGUGUACAUCGUCCGGUCAUUCUUCAUCAUGCCCAAGAACCAGCGUCGCGCUUGAGGGCCCCCCUGCCCACGGCCCGGCCCGCGGUCUUUUGCCCUUUGUCUCCGACACGCGAGGACCUCCCUGCGUGCGGCCACCCGCCCUUUCACCUUCCAAAUUCCCCCCCCCCCCCC